UUAAAGCGUUUGGCAAGUGGCGUUAGGGCUCUUGUUUGGGAAAGAAACCCAGUCCGUACGAAGUCAACGAUCUGUGGAGGAUUCACAGAGCGACAUAAACUCCUCUCACUGACUGGUUCGUUGAGUGCUUCAAAAUCAUUAAAAAAAUCGAAGAUAAAGAUCAAAGGAGCGGACAGACAGCUCAAGAACUUCUCAUUUUUUGAGCUGAAGCCGAUGAAGAAAGGAGCGAUUGAAGAAGCAAAAGUUGGUUUUUUAUCUUUGGGAUCCUCAUGACUCUCUCUCAAGCCUUUAGUUGAUUGAUCCAGCUUUUGAUCCAAAAUUUACAGAAUGACACCAAAAGAACAAACUUGCAUGGAUUCAGCUCAGAAUGGGGAUCAUAACUCUGAAAUCCAGGAAGAAUCACAGAGAAACAGCGGCAGAAAAAAGCUUGGAGAUUACAUCCCCAUCUACAUUCCAGCAAUUCAAAAAGGCCUCCUCACCCAAAGCCGCCAUGACAAAGAAGAACGCUUCCUCGAUUUCUUAAAAGCUCACCCUUCCAAUGAAUGGUUUAGGAAUGUUAUGGAGCAAUCUUCAGCUCCACCAGACCACUCUCCUUCACCUUCGGAUCCGGCGAAGCCUCGUCGCCGGCGGUUUCGCGUCCCCUUUGCCCGGAAGAUCAAGUGGAGCUUUCUAUGGAAUUCUUUCAAGCAGUGGAUUAAGGGUCCUGAGCACAUUGCUCUGUUUAUCUGGUUACUGUUUGUUGCAGCAGGUAUUUUCUUGCUCUUCCUGGUCAUGACAGGCAUACUGAAUGAAGCAAUUCCGAGCAAAAAGCAAAGAGAUAACUGGUCGGAGAUUAUAAACCAAAUCCUCAACGCGCUGUUCACCAUGAUGGCUCUGUACGAGCAUCCCAAGUUCUUUCAUCAUUUGUUUCUGCUGCUGAGAUGGAUACCUGGGGAAGAAGGAGUGCUAAGAAAAGUUUACUGCAAAAAUGGAGCUCCGAAGAGAAACGAAAGGAUUCACAUGCUUGUGGUUGUCCUCCUUCUUCACAUCACCUGUUUCUCCCAAUACGCGCUCUGCGGUCUCUACUGGGGUUUCACGAGCGCAACAAGGCCUGACUGGGCUGAGAAUCUCUCCAUUGCUGUUGGGAUAGCGGCUCCAAUCAUGGCUGUUUUAUACACAAUCUACAGUCCGUUAGGGAGAGUGAAUGAUGAGAUCCCGCUAGGAGAAGAAGAGCUGCAGAAUCAACAGGGACUGCAACAUGAACCAGAGGAGCUCCAACAGAAAAUCAUUAUUACAAGCCCGGAGUGGAUUGGGGGACUAAUGGAUUGCAGGGAUGAUAUGACCGUUAGCUGCCUUUCAUUCUUCUGCACCUUCUGUGUGUUCGGUUGGAACAUGGAAAGACUCGGUUUUGGCAACAUGUAUGUUCAUAUAAUCACCUUCAUUCUUCUCUGCGUUGCUCCAUUCUGGGUCUUUGCAAUCGCAGCUCUCAAUGUAGACAACGAUACCAUAAAACUGAUUCUGGUUAUAGCCGGAAGCCUGCUUAGCGUUUUAGGACUGUUCUACGCUGGGUUUUGGAGAACAGAGAUGAGGAAGAAGUUUAAGCUUCCUGGUAACCCAUUCUGCUGCAGCUCUCCAACCAUGACUGAUUAUUUUCAGUGGCUGUUCUGCUGGUCGUGUUCGUUAGCUCAGGAGGUGAGGACUGCGAAUUUCUAUGACAUUGAAGACGAUGGGUUUUACAGAACGGUGACAGAUGAGGAAGGCAGGGAGGUUCUGAUUCCAUUGCCGAGAGAAGGUGGUUUGAGUUUUCUUCAGAAUUUUAACAGGAGCCUGUCUUUCCCUGGAACAAUGGAGGCUGUGCAGGUUCAGAGAAUCAGUAGGCCGAUUAGCUUAGGAAGAGCUUUGACAGCUCCUGUGUUUGUUCCUCUUGUUCGAGUGGAAGAGGAGAGGACAUUGAUGAAUACAUAGAGGUUUUGGAUCAAUCAGUUUGAUGGAGGAAAAUAUGGAACAUGUAAUCAAUCCAACGUCUCUUUUGGGAUAAUUACAUGGACACCUCCCCAAACGUUGGUAUCUACAAAUUAAUCAUCUUGGUGGGUGAGAAUUUGAAAAAUGGAUGGAAGAGGGUGGUUGAUUUUUAAACGGCAAUGUUGGUAUUUACAAAUUAAUCGUCCAGGUGAGUGAGAUUAUGCAUUAUGAACUCCUUUCAUCACUUGAAUGUAACUUAACCAUACGGUUGCACGGUUUAUGUGUCUUCCAAGCAUAGUGAAAUUGGAUUUCAUGUCUAAGGCGUCAAUUUAAAUUUCAGACAAACUGUUGUAUUCCUCCAUUAUGAUUUGCACAAGUGUUUGACUUCCAAAGUAAAAGAGUAAGACUAAUAAUC